GGGAUAAAAGGGCACUAGGGGCGCGUCCGUACGGAAUGUCUCUGUCGGGGAGGAGCGGGCGGGUUAGAAAGCUCGACCUGGGCAGUACAGUUGUGGGACAAAGCUGUAUGGAGGCUGCGCCAGGAAACCUAAGUGAGAGUGUGGAAGUGUGUGGUCUCUAAAUGGACGUGUAGGAGGUGCUCAGGUGUGUCACAUUCCGGGAAGCUGGGCGGGAGCGUGAGUGGACGAGACCACAGCAGAUGAACCCUGUAGUGUUGUGGAAUUUAAAUUCAGAGACUGGAAAAAACCAGGCAGGAAGCAAGUAGCAGUCUGACGUGCAGGCUUCAAGACGAGUUGGUCACCUUGGUCUGAGGCAGAGAAGCCACCACUGUCUCCUUUGUGGACUUCUGGAACCGAAGCAGAAAUUUGGUUUUUCCCCCAACCCCUUCCAUGACAUCUGAAAUGCAACAUUGAAAAAGUGCAGCCCCCUGACCUUGAAUGGCUCAACAAGGAGGAAGAGACACAAAGGAGAACAGUUAGCAUUAUGACAGAGGUGUGCACAGAACAGUGGGGACACAGGGGGCAACGAUUGGGAACUGGGCAUCAUUUCACAGAGGAAAUGCUAAAACGGGAUCUUGAAGGAAGAGUAGGAAUUCACCUGGGAGACGGUGGAAGGACACUCCACAUGUGCUAAAGCUGGUGACUGACCCUAAGUGGACAGAGCGGGUGUCACAUCACUCCAGGGAAUGGCAGGCACUGAGGAGCUACACCCAGUUGAAGAUGAUUUAUUUAAAGAACCAAUAAAAAAACGAAGACGAUCAGAUCGAGACCAGCGGUUCCGAGCAUUUCCCUCAGUGGAGCAAUGUGCUCUUAAGGAAUAUGAGAAAUUAGAGUCCCGGACCAGAAGGGUUUUGAGCAACACUUACCAGAAACUUAUUCAGUCUGUCUUCCUGGACGACAGCAUUCGUAAUGGAGUCAAGUAUCUUAUAAAUAGGCUUCUUGCCUUGAUUGAAAAGCCGUCAUUGGACCCAGUCUACAUUGGGUUAUUUGGAAGCACUGGAGCUGGGAAGAGCUCCCUAAUCAAUGCCAUCAUCCAGCAAGCCAUGUUCCUACCAGUGUCUGGAGAAAGUAUAUGCACUUCAUGCAUCGUACAAGUGAGCUCCAGCUGCUGUGAGCAAUACGAGGCCAAAAUCCACCUUCUUUCCGACCAGGAGUGGAAGGAGGAACUGAAGAACUUGACUAGACUCCUGCACGGGACAGAGGAGCCGGGCGGAGAGGAGGCGGCUGCAUGGGACAGGGACGACGCAGUGGAGGAAGCCAUCUGGAAGCUACAAAUGGUUUAUGGAAAUGGCGCGGAAAGUAAGAGCUACGAGCAGUUGCUAAGGGUGAAGCCCAAGGGAAAGAUUCCCACCUCCAGAAUCAUCACCCUCAAGGCAGAAGAGGCAGGAGAGCUGUCUGACAAGCUGGACGCCUACAUCCGGACUCAGAGGAGAGGCUGGGAUGGAGAGUCAGCCGAGGCUCGUAUCUGGCCCUUGAUCAAACAUGUGGAAGUGACUCUUCCCAAAUCUGAGCUGAUCCCAGAAGGGGUCGUGCUGGUGGACAUCCCAGGCACAGGCGACUUCAAUAGCAAAAGGGACGAGAUGUGGAAAAAGACCAUUGACAAGUGCUCAGUGAUCUGGGUGAUCAGCGACAUAGAGCGAGUGUCUGGGGGCAAAGCCCAUGAAGACCUUCUAAAUGAGAGCAUCAAAGCCUGCCAGCGGGGUUUCUGCAGGGAUGUGGCCCUGGUGGUCACCAAGACUGACAAACUCCACUUGCCAGAAUACCUAAGGGAAAGAAAGGUGGGAAAACAAGCUAUUCAAAGUCAGCGAGAGGCUGUUUUGGAAAGAAAUGAAAUGAUAAAACUACAAAGGAACAGAAUUCUCAAGGAAAAACUGAAGAGAAAACUGCCAGGUGACUUCAAGGUCCUGGAAGCCUCAGACCUAGUGUACACAGUCAGCGCCCAGGAGUACUGGCAGCAGGCGCUCCUCACGGAGGAGGAAACUGAAAUCCCCAGGUUAAGAGAAUACAUCAGGAAAAGGCUCCUGGACGAGAAGAAGAGGAUGAUGACCAAGUACGUGACGGAAGCCUUUGGCCUGUUGCUCCUCACAGACAGCUUCAACUCGGCGCAGAACCUUGCGAGUGAGCACUUGCACAUGAGUGGGCUGCGGAGGUUUGUGGAAGAGAAGGUCGAGCUGCUGGAGAAGGCCAUCACACAGUGCUUCGCCCACAUGGAGCGGCCUCUGCAAGAGGGGGUCCGGACCGCCAGGGCUUCCUACCGACGCAUCCUUGGGGCAUGCCUGGUGAGGAGUAAAGGAAACCAAGGUUUUCACCAGACUCUGAAAGCUGUUUGCCUGAAAAAUGGCAUCUAUGCCUCCAGGACUCUGGCAAGAAUCGAUCUGAAUGAAGCCAUCACUCAGCCCAUCUAUGACCAGAUCGACCCUGUGUUUGGAGGCAUUUUUAGAACUGGGAGGCCCACUGAUUCAGCUCUGAUGCCUCACAUAGAUGCUUUUAAGCACUCCCUGCAGGAGAAAAUGACAGAAAUUGGGAUAAAAAAUGGCUGGAAAUAUGAUAGUUAUAAAAAGCAUUUCCUGAUCCAGGAGAUAAGCACCAUCUUGGGAAGCCUGGAGGGCCACAUCCUCAGGAAGAAGAGGAGGAUCUAUGAGUCCCUCGCCACCUCUGUCCAGAACGACCUGAAGCCCUGUUACGAAGAAGCAGCUCAGAUCACUGGCAAAAAAGCAUGUGAGAGAAUGAAAGAUGUCAUCCGAAGAGGGGUGGACCAGCAGGUGGCCGAGGGCAUGUUCGAAAGGGCUCAAGAAAGGAUGCAGCACCAGUUUCAGCAGCUGAAGACUGGGAUCACGGAGAGGGUGAUGGGCAGUAUCGCCACCAUGCUGACACUUGCUUCGUCCCAGGGGGAUGGUCUCUACAAGGAGCUCGCAGACGUCAAGAGCGAGUACAAGGAGAUGGAAAAGCUGCACAGAAGCCUGAGGGAGGUUGCGGAGAAUGCGCUGCUGAGGAGAGGCAUGCAGGAGUUCCUCCUGCGGAUGUCCCCCGGCAAGGUUUGUCAACUCCAACGUGGGAGAUUUGAAUGGAUCCUAAUUCCAUGACUUCAACCUCUCCAC